CGCUGCAUCUGGAAUGGCCGUGGUAGAUGAGUGUAAGUUGAAAUUUCUAGAGCUAAAAAAAAGGACUUAUCGAUACAUCACGUUUAAGAUUGAAGGGCAACAAGUUGUCGUUGAAAAACUAGGAGGCCCAGAACAAAGUUACGAAGAUUUCUCAGCUUCUCUCCCGGCUGAUGAGUGUCGAUAUGCUGUCUAUGACUUAGACUUUGUCACAGAUGAGAAUUGCCAGAAGAGCAAGAUUUACUUCAUUGCCUGGUCACCCGAAUCAUCAAAGGUGAGGAUGAAGAUGGUGUAUGCCAGUUCAAAGGAUAGGUUCAAGAGAGAACUCGAUGGAAUUCAAGUUGAAUUACAAGCCACGGAUCCCAGCGAAAUGAGCUUUGACAUAAUAAAAGCCCGAGCAAUAUGAUUGUGUUUCAUUGAAGUCAUAACCAAGUUCUUCUUUAAUUCUUUUCAUGUAUACUUUGAAGGGUUG